UGGAGAAGAAGGGAAAGAUAAUGUCACACAUCAUUUUCUUUGAAACCCACAAAAUCCCAAUUCCUUCUUAGAAGAAAGAAAAAAAUUCCUAAAUUUUUCACAUAUUAUUCCUCCAAAAAGGAAAAAAAAAAAUCAAAACUUUGGUGUUUCUUCAAUUAGGGACAUUAUUAAUGCCUAAUCCCUCACUAUCCAUAAGCUAAUCCUUUCAAAUUACUCUCUUGCAUAUACCCUACAAACCCCUCUCUCUCUCUGUCUCUUUUUUUCUCUUCAGCUCAUUUGAUGAGGAUGGCAUUGUCAUUGACCUCUGCCGCCGGGAAGCAAGUUCAGCCACUGGUGGGGAAUUUUCAGGGGAAUUUCAAUAUGGAACAGUUUUUCCGGCGGAAAGAUAAAGUGGUUGUGGUAAUGGGAGCCACCGGAACGGGUAAAUCUCGAUUAGCAAUCGAGCUAGCCACACGAUUUCCGUCGGAAAUUGUGAAUUCCGAUAAGAUUCAGGUUUAUGAAGGACUUGAUGUUGUAACAAAUAAAGUAACCGAAGAAGAACGCCGUGGAAUUCCACACCAUUUGUUAAGUUCAAUUGACCCAAAAUCGAAUUUCUCUUCUCGUGAUUUCACUCAUCAUGCCUCCGUUGCUAUUGAAUCAAUUUUGGCCAGAGAUCGCCUCCCGAUCAUCGCCGGUGGAUCAAAUUCCUACAUUGAAGCUCUGGUUAAUGAUUAUGCAGAGGCCCGAUUCCGAUACGAGUUCUGCUUUUUGUGGGUCGAUGUUUCUUUACCAAUUCUUCAAAAAUUUGUCUCCGAUCGCGUUGAUCGGAUGGUCGACGGUGGGUUUGUCGAAGAAGUGAGACAGAUUUUUGAUCCAGAAGGUGAUUAUUCUCAAGGGAUUAAACGAGCUAUUGGAGUGCCGGAAUUGCACGAGUAUUUAAGAGCAGAACGCGACGGCGCCGAUGAGAGGGUCUUAAAAAUUCUCUUAGAAUUGGCGAUUUCAAGAAUUAAAGACAAUACUUGCCGAUUGGCAUUCCGGCAACUCGAGAAGAUUCGCCUUCUUCAUACUAAAUGGAAUUGGAAUCUCCGGCGACUCGAUGCCACCGGAGCCUUUUUGACCGACGGUGAAAACUCCGUUGACGUUUGGGAAAAGCUUGUCCUCGAACCAAGCUCGAGGAUCGUCGACCAAUUCCUCUGCGACGGUAGCCGCCGUAUCACCACCGGAAUUUCCACUCCGGAUGCGGUCUCCCGCGCCGUCGCCGCCGUAAGCCGUUAAAGUAAUCCCCAAACUCGUCGACCCCACAGAAUCUACGCCUCCGCGUGCCACGUGGCAAGCUUCCGAUUUUACUUUUUUUAUUAAAAAAAAUUAUCUUUUUCUUUUCUUUUCUUUUUUUUUUUUUUUUUUUUUUUUUGGUUUGAGUAAUUUUAAAGAAAAAACAUGAAAAGGAAAAAAAAAAAAAAAAAAAAGGCAAAAAAAAUUACCACUUCGGACUGACAAACGUUGCUGUCAGGUCGUUAAGUACUCACAACUGGCGGCCGUACAGAUAAGCCGUCUAUAUAUAUAUAUAUAUAUAUAUAUAUAAUUUCUGCCGGCUCUAAAAAUAUUAAAAUAAUACUUUUUUUUCUUUAAAAGGAAAAAAGAAAAAAGGAGAAAAAGAAAUUGGAGAAUUGUGUGUGGUGCAGCUACAUCAGCUUCGAUGCACCUCUUUGGUUGGCCCUCUAUGAUUGGGUGAUUUUGAGAAGUAUGACCCACUUACCUUCCCCCCCACCCACCCACCGUGUGUAUUAAAAGAAACCCUUCUUCUUCUUAUUGGAGUUUUUGGUCUUUUCACUCCUUUUUAUGUAUCUCUUGUGGAAACUCUUUCAAAUAUUGUAAACUAAAAUUAUACAAAA